GUCCUUGUUCCCGUUCCCUCGCUCUCUCUCCCUCCCUUCCCGUCGCCCUCGCUCUCUCCACUCCCUUCCCGUCGCCCUCGCUCUCUCCCCCCAUUUUCCGUCGCCCUCGCUCUCUCCCCUCCUUUUCCGUCGCCCUUAUUCUCUUCCCUCCCUUUCCGUCGCCCUUGCUCUCCCCUCCCUUUCCGUCGCCCUUGCUCUCUCCCCUCCCUUUUCGUUGCCCUCGCUCCAGCUCAUCCCACCCUCCCCAAUGCCCCUCCCAUCUCCCUACCAUUCCGCGGAUUUUGCUCACGCAGAUCUCCUCUCGUUUCUGUUGCACUAUCU